AGUUUCAACCAAGCAAGCAUCUGGACCAUUCACUUAAAAUUAUCCACGUGUCGUAUUUUGGCGGGGGCAAAACAAAGAAGUGCAAGAUUAAAGAAAAACAGAGGAUUUUUAUCGUAAAAAAAAGGGCUCAUUUUCUUCUCGCCUAUUGGAAACACCACGAAAGUACUCUGCUACUCCUCUGCUGGAUUCGUCUGCAACUCAAGCUGCAGCAGGACUCCUUUGCGUCCUUAACUCCCGUUAACUCUCUACAACUUUCGUGAGGGCUCUGCAACUUCUGAAAGAAACUCUCUCUUGUGAUCCCUCUGCAACUCUUCUCAAGCUCAAAAGUGGACUCCACUGCUCUGCAACUCUCGAUCUGGUUAUUUGCUUCAAGAAGAUCCGGUUCAUUCUACUACAGAACAGGGAAGAGAAGACGCGUCUGGCCAAGUAUUACGUCCCUCUCAAGGAAUCUGAGAAACACAAAGUCGAAUACGAGGUUCAUCGAUUGGUGGUCAAUAGGGAUCUCAAAUUGACGAAUUUCGUUGAGCAGAUUUGAUUGGAUUGGCUGAAAGAUUUAUCUUUGUUCGAUAUACCUGGUUGUAGCUGUUCUUCCCAUCAAUCUGUUGGGGCCCAAAAGGCCUUAAAAGAGCCUUUCCAGACAAGAGAUUAAGAGGAGGCAUAAUUCUGAAGGCCUUUUCUGUUCUCUGUUGUCUCUGUAGAUGGAUUCUGUCAUUUCUGAACCAGCGGAUGAAGGAAUGCUUCCUGAAUGGGCAUUCAGUUGUGACCUGGAAGUAGAUUAUGCAUCUGAGAAGAAUGCAUCCAUGGUAUAUGCUGCAUUAGCUGUUGAUAAGGAGUUGCAGCCAGACAAAGUGAAAAGGCAGAUGUCAGUCUUUAAUGGAAAGCUCUUAGUGCAUUUUGAGGCUGUGGAGGCAAGAUUUCUCCGUGCGUCAUUCAGUGCAUUUGUUGACAUUCUAACACUUGCCACAAAAACAAUUGAACAUUGUGGACCUAGUAUAGAAUUUUGAUGUUGGUUGAGUAGCGUAUUGUAGUUCGAACCAUUGAUUAUGAUUUGAGGGACUUAAUUGAAAAUUUUACGUUCUUCCGAAAUGGAUGGAUUAUUUUUCUCUGUCA